ACAUGCGCUAGGCUGUGCUGGACUCUUUUAUCCAAAACGACGCCUUUUCAUAUCCCAAGUCCCUAACCUCUUCUAACGAUCACAAUCUUCACCUCCGCCGAGGCCACAUAAACACCACUCUAACUACCACAAAUGGCCGAACCACCACCGACACUCCUCCAAAAAGUCCUGACGGUAGACACAAAAUUCUCCCACUACCUCCAUUCCAAAUUCCACACUCGCCUCCCAAUAUUCUUUCUCCUCAUCCUAGAAAUUUCCGCUGACUUCCGAUUUUCCUUCCCAAUUUCCCUCUCCCUUUUGUUUGCCCUUCCCCUCCCUUCCCUCCUUCCUUUCUUUUCCUCUCUCCUCCUUGGCCUCCUCCUUGAUAUCGCCACCGUCGGCCUUGUCAAAAUCCUCUUGCGCCGCCCUCGCCCUCCUUAUAACCACCUCUCCUCCAUGUCCACCCCUGUCUCCGCCGACCACUUUUCCUUCCCUAGUGGCCAUUCAUCUCGUGUUUCCUUUGUUGCUGCAUUGGUUUUUCUCUAUAAGGAGGUGAUGGAGGUAGCGGCUGUGGAGGUGAGGGAAAAAGGUGGAGUCUUUGGAAGUUGGGCGGGGGAAGACGGGAAGUUGGUGGACGUCGUGGUGGUGGGAGUUUGUGUUUGGGCAGUUGUUACGGCGGUUUCUAGGGUUUUAUUAGGGAGGCAUUACUUUUUUGAUGUCUUCGCAGGGUUUUGUUUGGGAGUGAUUGAAGGGGUUUUCGCCUUUCGGGUUUUGAGGUUUGAGGAUAUUUUGAGCACCUUUCGUCAUCAAAUCUGGUCAAGGUAGAAGCUAAGUGCUUGGAAUGGAAGGCAUGGGAGAUACUUCCUUUGAAACUGAUCAUCGGAUGGACCUCUCUGGGUUUAUCUUAAUGCCAGAUCCAUAUUCAAGGUAUCAUUUUCUCUGAUGCGAAGCCCCAGAAUUCGAAGAUGAUUGGUGCGAAUUCUCUGAACACACAGAAUACUGAAAUGUGCUGCUGGCGAAUGCCAUUUAGCCAACUAAGUUGUGGCAUUGUUUUGUCUCAAUUUGCAUAGUUCAUUGGCCCUUUGGCAUUAAAUAUGAUUCUCGAUUCUCUUUAAUAUCACAUAAAUGCAAUUGGUGCUUGCUACAA